AUGAGCUAUGCCGCUGCGGCGUUUGAUCGCGGGGCAUUUUUCACUUCGUCAUCGUUUACACAGCAUGCGCUUCAGUGGCUCUGGUCGUAUACAUUAGAGCUGCCACCGGUUUUGUUCGGAUAUGCGCCGGGCACGCUUGCCGAUCAGUGUGGCCGCGUUCCUGGACGGGAGCGCGGCGUGUAUACCCAUGCGGUGCAACGCAAUGUAACUGCGCCGAUAUCGCUUGGAUCGCGCCACACCGUCACUGCAUUUCGCGCGCCUGCCGCGUUAGUGCGCCGCGCAACGAGCAGCGCACAGGCAGGGAUGCGCCUUGCUUGCAAAACACACGCCCCUCUUGAAGCGGCGCUUGCUGCACUUCCGCCGCCCCAACGGACGCGGGAUAUGCGCGAGAUUGCACAGCGCACAGCGACGCUGCACGCUAUUCUCGACGCACUCGCCGACGCCGACGCGGUUCAUAUCCUGCGGAGCGUGCGCAAAAUUCUCGAUACCACCAUCGCCUUUACGCCAACGCGCGAAACGGCCAGCGCACUGCAAAAUAUUCGCCUGACUCUGGGCCACCGCAUACAGCGCCGGCUUAAUGCGUGCCGCGAUACGAGCGCCGCAUGGCAAGCCGCCCAAGUCGAGACGCUGCUUUUGCAAGAGCGUGUAGCGCCUGCGAUGGACUUGUUUGGCGCGUUGCUAGCCGAGCACGAAGCGCUGCUUGUGCACACACGCACACGCGCGGAUGCGGGACAUAUGCAGCGCCAGCGAUCCGAUCCAGUGCUCACGAAUGUAUACAAGGCACAGCGCGCCGUGCUUUUGCAUCGCGUCGAGCAAGUCCAGCUGGCGCUUGCGCUGGCCAAGGCGCCACGAACGACAGAGCUCGGCGCGCCCGCCGCCCACUUUUUUGCAUGGGCCGUCAGGCACCCCCUCGUAUUCGCCCUCGUGCAGCCCGCCUUUCCCAAGGUGUGCCAAGCGAUGUAUACGCUCCUUGCCGCGCUUCCCGACCCCGUGGACAAAGUGCGGGACCUGCUCAAGCACGAGCAGCGCACGCGUGUGGCUACACGCGCCAUCUCGCUGCUCGCCAUCGCGCAUGCGAACCGCGGCACGCCCGAGCUCGGCGCGCGGAUUGCCAUUGAAGCGGCCGACCAAGGCAUGCUCUUACCCGAGCCGAUCCUGCGCAAAAUCUUGCGCGUGCUGAUCCAGACGCAGCGGCGCCGUGUCGUGAUUGCGCCGCUAAUUGCGCAGUUGGAUGCGAGGAAAUCACUCUCGCGCUCGACGCUCACCAUCCUUGUGCAGUACCACGCCGAGAUGGGCGAUAGCGAUGCCAUGCACGCAAGGCUCGCCGCACUCUCCCUCUCUGGCGAGCAGCCUUUUGCGCGGCGCGCGCAGCUCAUCCUCGCAUCCUCGCACGGCAUGGCCGAUGCCGUGCGCUCCAUGUACGAGGCCGAGUUUGGCGACAUGCACGCGAUGCUUCACGGCACGCGCAACGCCAAUGCAACACACCACCACGGCACUCCGCCCUCGUUCUUUGUCUACUACUACCUGCGCGCUUUUGCCAAGCGCGACAAUGAGGCGCGCGCGCGCGCCGUCUUUGACGCGUACGCACAGCACGCAGUUCCUACUCCGCGCAUGUACGGCAUCAUGCUUGGCCUUGCGUCGCGCAUGGGCCGCGCCGAGGAAGCGAUGCGCCUCGUUGCCGAGAUGGAGACGCGCAAUGUGCCGGUCACGAGCGAGACGCUCGUGCACCUUGUCCAUGCGCUGGGCCGCGCGCGCGUUCCGGAAAGAGCAGCGACCCUGAUGCAGCACUACCCCAACCCCUCGCGCCGCGUGUACAAUGCACUGAUGAAUGCCUACGUCGAGGCGGGCGGCUGGAGCGAGGCGCUUGGCAUCUUGCGCUGGAUGCAGUCGCAGCCAGAGGCCUCGCUUCAGCCCGACGCGGCGUCGUACACCACCAUUAUAAAAGCGCACGUUUUGCGCGGCACGCCCAUUGCCCACGUCCUCGAUCGCCUCUUGUGGAUGCGCUCCCAAGGCAUGCUGCCCGAUGAGCGCACCUAUGCCUUGGUGCUCGCGAGUGCGUGCGACAGCGGCCAGCGCAGGCUAGCCGAGUCUAUUUUCCAGCUCGUCGACGAGGCACUGCAGGCGUCGCACGGCGGCGCCACCGUGUACCACUAUACCGUGCUGAUCCAUGCCCUGUUGCGCGCGGGCGAUACGGCAUCCGCGCGUGGGUACGUCGAGCAGAUGCGCGCGCGGGGAAUUGCGCCGAGCCGCGUUACCUACAGCGUGCUCAUCAAGUCGUACGCCAACAGCGACGAGGACAGCGCCGCGCUUGCGACCGACCUUGCUCUCCUGCGCACCCUCGAAGCCGAGACCAACGCCGACGCGCCGCCGAGCCGCGUACCUGCGCUCGAGCAGGGGUACGUGUACGAGGACCUGCUUGUGCCCCUCAUCGACGCACACGCGCGCCGCGCCGAGCUGCACAAGGCCGACGAGCUCUUUGCGCGCCUCCUCGCCACCGGCGCGCCGGUGUCUACGCGCGCCAUGACGGCCAUGCUGAAUGCCCACCGCCGCGCCGCUGACGUGGACGGCGUGCUGCGCAUCUGGGAGCAGGUGUAUGCACACGCACUGCAGCGGUGCGAAGCGACCCCCUCGUUCGACGCGCAGUGCGUGCCGGGACUGUACCAGCGCAACAUGCUGUGCAUGCCGCUGAGCAUUGUCAUCGACGCCCUCUCGCGUGCCGGACAGCACAAGCGCGUCGCUGCGAUUUGGGUGUGCAUGAAGCGCGAUGGGUUCGCUUUCGACGCGCACAAUUGGAACCAUCUCGCGGCAGCCCUCGCGCGCGCCGACCGCUUGCGCGAAGCGAUGCAGCUUAUCGAGCGCGUCCUGCCGCACAAGGCGCCCUCUGCACGCGCCGAAAUUCACGCAGAGGCGAUUGGCUAUGCAUUUGCCAACGAUCCGCUUUUCCAUGCGCCGCUGCCGAGUGCAGACGGCGCGUGGGAGCCACAGACCAGCGCGCCGUUUCGCCCGCCCACCCGGCGCAGUCAGCCGCGGAGCGACGACGUGGAGGGGGACAUGCGCCUCUUUUUCGAGGGUGCGCCAGCGCAGGAUGUGCCUUCGUGCGACGACAGUGUGCUCCUGCGCCCGUCCGAGACCUGGCACGUCUCCUUUGACACACUCUCGGCCAUGCACGCCGCGGUAGAGCGGCACAGAAAAGUAUCUCGCGCGCGCAAACGCCCCAAGUUUGCGCCGCCACGCGAGAUGGGCGCCGAGGCGCUUGCUUCGGACGCUCCGCACGCACACGAGUCCAUCACCGAGCUCUUCCAUCUCUUUCCCACCGCGGCGCAGCGCCUCGCCGAGUACGAGCAGCGCGUCGAGGCGGAUUCGCUGUAG